AACAGCUGGUGCCGGACGAGGGCGUGGGCGGGAGGAGCUCGCGCGGGGUGCGCGGGGUGUGCGGCGGAGACGGGGCUCGAGCUGCAGCAGGAGCCGCCGCCGCCGCCACCGCCGCCGCCACCGCCGCCGCCACCGCCCGCCUUGCACCAUGUUCGCGCAGCUCGAGCGAUGCGAACGCGAGUGGCACGAGCUGGAGGAGGAAUUCCAGGAAUUGCAGGAAACCCACAAAGUGUACAGGCAGAAGCUGGAAGAGCUGACCACACUCCAGGCGUCCUGCAGUAGCUCCAUCAGCAAGCAGAAGAAGCGGCUGUCGGACCUCAAGGGUAGUCUCCAGAGGUGUAAACGGCAUGCCAACUGUGAAGAGGCCGACCUCAUUCAGCAGAUGAGUGCCAGCAUCAAGGAACGGCAGAAUAUCUUCUUUGACAUGGAAGCUUACCUGCCCAAGAAAAACGGGCUGUAUCUCAGUCUGGUCCUGGGCAAUGUCAACGUUACCCUCCUCAGUAACCAGGCCAAGUUUGCUUACAAGGACGAGUAUGAGAAAUUCAAACUUUACUUGACCAUUAUCUUCCUGCUUGGAGCCAUAGCCUGUAGAUUCUUCCUGCAUUACCGAGUAACCGAUGAAGUGUUCAACUUUCUGCUGGUCUGGUACUACUGCACGCUCACCAUCCGGGAAAGCAUCCUCAUUAGCAAUGGCUCCAGAAUUAAAGGCUGGUGGGUGUCUCACCACUACGUCUCCACGUUUCUGUCUGGGAUAAUGCUGACCUGGCCAAAUGGACUCAUCUAUCAAAAGUUUCGCAAUCAGUUUUUAGCCUUUUCCAUCUUUCAGAGCUGUGUCCAGUUUCUACAAUAUUAUUAUCAGAGUGGAUGCCUCUAUAGACUGCGGGCUCUGGGGGAAAGGAAUCAUUUGGACCUCACAGUGGAGGGCUUCCAGUCCUGGAUGUGGAGGGGCCUUACUUUUCUCCUGCCAUUCUUGUUCUGUGGUCACUUCUGGCAACUUUAUAACGCCAUUACGCUGUUUGAGCUCUCCACUCAUGAAGAAUGCAAAGAAUGGCAGGUCUUCGUCUUGGCCAUCACGUUUCUCAUCCUCUUCCUGGGCAACUUCCUGACCACACUCAAAGUUGUGCAUGCCAAACUCCAGAAGAAUAGAGGCAAGAUGAAGUUAUGAGCAGCGAUGCCUUCCCUGCCCUGGCGUCCUGGACUCUGACCCAGCUAGGGGAAUACUGGGGGGGCCCUUGUUGUCUUGGGCACCAUUUCCCAGAUGGCUUCUCUCUGGUCUCUCUGGGGCGCUGGGAGCAGACCCUGGGACCUCCGUCACACCUAGCUGGAGACUUAGAAGAAUGUGAACCCUUCCAUUCAGUAUUACCCCAGGCCUGUGCCCCCCCCCAAUCUAGACACCUGCUUCCCUGUUUGUGUCUAUUUAAGACUGGGCCUUCCCCUCUCUUGCCCUUGUAGCUGCCAGCCAACACGGUCCCUUUCUAGGGGUGCUCUCCCCACCUCGAGCUGUACAGGAGCAGGGAGAGCAAGCAUGUUUCAGCAUCUCCCCGUGUUUCAGAUUUCUGUUUGGAGGUGAACUUUGGGCUCUGCCCUGCUGUUCUGGCACAAGAUGGGAACGGGCAGUGAAUCCUUCAGUGUCCUGUGGGCCUUUCCCCCCUCCCUGGGAAUGCUGCUACUCCGCCAGGAUCCUCCCCUCUUCCCUCCUGCCUACCCCAAUGUGGGUCAUUCACUAAGGUCCUAGAGAACCACGUCAUCUCCUCCUCGUCAUCAUCAUCUUGGGUGGCAGCCUGCCUCCGGGAGCCAAGCCCUUGGUGACUUCUCACUCCCCUGCCUUUCCUUGGGACUUCCUUCCCCUCUCCUUAUACCUCCCGACAUGUCAGAGAGAGAGAGGGGAUGAGUGUUUACAAGACAGACUCCGGUGCACGUGUGGUUCUGCUGCUGGGGUCCGCUGGGUAUAAUGGAAAGAAUAUUGGAUUUGGAGACGAAAGGCCUGUGUUCCAGUCCUGGCAGUCAUUUACAGUUGGCUAUCCAGUUCCUCCUGUCUGGGCUUCUGUCUCCUACUCUUUAGACGGGGCCUAGAAAACGAUCCUUGAAGCCCCGUCCAGCUAUGAUUCUAAAGCAGCCAACUCCCUAGGGCCUCUCCAUGGGGCCUUGCAUGCCCACCGAAGAGUGGGCGGCAAUUCUCAGGCGACACCAGCAGAGGGUGCUGUGGGCCACUGGAUGUGGAUGGGUUUGACGGGUCGGAUGGGGGGGUGGCUGAAACACAGCUUCCCAACUCUGGGUGCUCCUUCCUCAAGGUCAGUGUGGGCACACUCAGGGAAAACUGGGCCUGGACCAGAACUCUUCAGAACUCUCUUCCAGCCAGCCUUAAAGUCCUAGGAAUGCAUGCUACUGGGAGAUGUCAUUCAGAAGGUGAAUUUGGGGGAGGGAGGAGAGAGCCAAGUAGAACUGGAAUUUUAAUCUGCUGUUUUAAGGGAUCUGGCAUCCGUGCUGACCCCUCCUGUGGGUAAUUGAGAAUUGAUUCUGUGUGGGCCGUGGCCACCCCUUAAGUAUCUCCCCCUUCCCCCAAGCACCGCCAUCUUGGUGGGGUGAGGGUGGAGGGGGGCUAUGACCAGCCAGCACCAGCCUGAAUCUCCCCCCAGAUUCUUUCUCCUCCCCCACCUUCCUAGUCUUCAGUCAACCGCCACUCCCUCCCAGAUCCUGGGAUGGUUUCAGUUUUUAAUAAAAAUUCUCAUUUGUCUGAA